AUGUGUAUCAUUAAGCAUGGGAAAUUUCAGCCUCCAAGGAUAGGCGUACUGCGCUCGGACGCUCUCGGGCCUCGGGUAAGAAUAACCCUGAAGUAUUUCUCAGGUAUGGUCUCAGGGGACAGGUGUGUGCGGGGACUCCUCCAGUGCGAUGCAGACGUGUUCAAGAGAAGGCUUGUGCCGCACACGGGUCGACCGGCAUAUGCGCAUAGGCACACGCACACGGAAUCCGUGGUUAGUUCCCGCUUCUCUCUUGGGUCCCGCGAUCGAGCCUACACCUCCGACGCAGCUAUACAGGUAGAUCUGGCUGGUGACGUCAUCACGUAUGAUUCCGACGAAGACGACUCGGAGGUCGCGGCCACACCCAGCAGGAUGUCAGGGCGGAGACGCGCGGGCGGAGGCGGAGGCGCGGGCGGCGCUGGAGGCGACGCGGGCGGCGGAGGCGGUUCUGUGGGCGUGACGAGGAACAAGCGCGGGACGCCCAUGUACUCUCGCGAGGAUAUUAGGGAGCAAUAUUGCAUCAAUGACAAGGAGCUGCACGCGCUGGAGGCGUCGCGGAGGAAGCCCAUCUUCGGAUGCCUAACCUCAGGCAACACUCAGGUGUCCCCGUGCAAGAAGAAGAGUCUGCUGCCCGCCUGCCUCCGAGGGCGUGUCCCUUCGGACGAGAAUGUGUACACCAAGACCAGCAGUGCCGCCCCCUCCGCCCACGCCUCGCCCGCCCACCGCAAGCACCAGCACGAGCACGACCAGAUCGACUACGAGGACGACAGCUACUUCAAGCGGCGCCCCAAGACCAUCUGCUACACCGACCCCAAGCGCCUCGCCUCCUUCGACGACUCGCUGGGCAGGGUGAGUGGCCGCCGCCCGGGCGAAGGGGGCAUGUGGGGCAUUGGCACGGGGAGCAUGCGGGGCAUUGGUACGGGGCAUUUAGGGCAUUACCACAGGAGGGACUUGGAGCAUUGGCCCAGUGGCCACAAUAGACUUUUGGACCAUCAGAGCAAGAGGACCCGGAGGCUUUGA